AUGGCUAAUCCUCCAAACAUAAAGGCCUUAGGUUGCUUUCUUCUUCUCAAUCUUUUAUCUUUUUCAUCAUUUUCUUAUGCAUUAACUAAUGAUGAAGCAGCUUUCAUUGCUCGUCGCCAGCUAAUCUCUGGUACCGGUGAUCUUCCUAAUAUAGUUGAAUAUGAAAAGAACAUUGACUUGAAAUUUGAAAAUCCCAGGCUUAAGAGGGCUUACAUUGCUAUUCAAGCAUGGAAGAAAGCUAUUUACUCUGAUCCUUCAAAAUUCACAAGUAAUUGGGAGGGUGCUGAUGUUUGUGCAUACAAUGGUAUCUUUUGUGACAAAGCACUUGAUGAUCCCAAUAUCUCUGUUGUUGCUGGGAUUGAUCUUAAUCAUGCAGACAUCGCGGGCCACCUUCCCGUGGAGAUUGGUUUCCUAGCCGAUGUUAGUCUUAUUCACAUCAAUUCUAAUCGAUUUUGCGGAAUCAUCCCCAAGAGCAUUACCAAUCUUAAACUUUUAGACGAGAUUGAUUUUAGCAACAACCGUUUCGUGGGGCCAUUCCCUAAGAUUGUGUUGGAGUUGCCAAAACUUAACUUCCUUGAUCUUAGGUACAAUGAUUUUGAAGGGUCAAUACCUUCUGAACUAUUCAAUAAGAAUCUUGAUGCCAUCUUCCUAAACAAUAACCGAUUCUAUUCCACUAUACCUCCAAAUAUUGGAAAUUCCAAUGCCUCAGUGGUGGUUUUGGCUAACAAUAAGUUCCACGGUUGCAUCCCUCAUAGUAUUGGCAAAAUGGAAAACACAUUAGAUGAGCUUGUUUUCACAAACAACGAUCUCUCUGGUUGUGUGACAGAAGAGGUCUCUAAGCUCAAGAGCCUAACGGUUUUUGACAUUAGUAAAAAUAAAUUCAUAGGAUCCUUGCCUCAAGGUUUGAAAUUCAUGCAAAAAGUGGAAGUACUUGAUAUUGCAUCCAACAUGUUCAGAGGAAAAGUUCCAAAGGAUAUUUGCACCUUACCAAAUUUGGGUAAUUUUACAUUCUCUUAUAAUUAUUUUGAUGCCUUAGAUGAAGGUUGUGCACCACCACUUCCAAAAAAUCCAAUGCUAGAUGAUAAGGAAAAUUGUCUGAGAGAAAAAUCAAAUCAGAGAAACGAGAAAGAUUGUCAAUCUGUUUUAAGCAAACUUGUGGAUUGUAGUAAAGAUAAAUGUAGAUCUAAUAGUGAAGGACCAGCUCCAAAGAAUCCAAAAACCCCUAUGCAACCCAAAAAAAGCCCUUACACCCCAAAACCACCAAAGACUAACCCACCCAAACCUGUACCAAGUCCAAAACCAAAGUCACCUCCAGUUUACUCCCCACCUCCACUAGUGGCAUCACCUUCCCCACCAGUGCCAAGUCCAAAAUCAAAGCCUCCUCAAGUUCACUCCCCACCACCACCAGUGCCUUCUCCUCCCCUACCAAUGCCAAGUCCAAAACCAAAGCCUCCUCCAGUUCACUCUCCACCACCACCAGUGGCUUCACCUCCGCCACCAGUGCCAAGUCCAAAAUCAAAGCCUCCUCUAAUCCACUCUCCACCACCACCAGUGGCUUCACCUCCGCCACCAGUGCCAAAUCCAAAACCAAUGCCUCCUCCAGUCCACUCUCCGCCACCACCGGUGUCAUCAUCUCCACCGCCAGUCCCAAGUCCAAAAUCAGUGCCACCUCCAGUCCUCUCCCCACCACCAUCGGUGUCAUCAUCUCCACCUCCAGUCCAUUCUCCACCACCAUCAGUGCCCAGUCCAACAACAAUGCCACCUCCGGUCCAUUCCCCACCACCACCGACUUCAUCACCUCCACUUCCAGUGUCCAGUCCAAAACCAAUGCCACCUCCAAUUCAUUUUCUGCCACCACCGGUGUCAUCACCUCCACCUCCACCACAUGUUCAUUCACUACCUCCUCCUGUCUCCUCUCCACCACCCCCAAUCUUUUCUCCUCCUCCUCCCGUCCAGUCCCCACCUCCACCCAAACCAGUUCAAUCACCACCUCCUGCUCCUUUGGCAUCUCCCCCUCCACCUGUAUUUGAGGAGGUCGUCCUUCCUCCACACUUGGGCUCAAUUUAUGCAUCACCACCUCCACCAAUUUUCCCUGGUUAUUAA